CUCACAGUAGUAGAACUCGUUGUUUGACUCCACAUGUAUAAAGUCAGCACACGGCACAAUUUCCACUGACUAGACUACAGAGGAGCACAGCUCAAGAUGCUGCGGUGUGUGAAGGGAGGCUUACGCUUCCUCUCUGUUCAACGUGUCUCAGUGCUGAACACAGCCUGCCAGAGCAGCCAGCAUGUGGAGUACAAGCCCAUCAAGAAAGUUCUGGUGGCCAACCGAGGUGAGAUUGCCACCCGAGUAUUCCGGGCGUGCACAGAGCUCGGCAUCAGGACAGUGGCAGUCUAUUCUGAGCAAGACACUGGGCAGGUGCACAGACAGAAGGCGGAUGAGGCCUACCUCAUAGGGAAGGGAUUACCCCCGGUCCAGGCCUACCUACACAUUCCUGACAUCAUAAAGGUGGCUAAGGAGAACGAAGUGGACGCGGUUCACCCUGGCUAUGGCUUCCUGUCGGAGCGUUCGGAUUUUGCACAGGCCUGUAACGAUGCUGGUGUACGAUUCAUUGGGCCCAGUCCUGAGGUGGUACGUAAGAUGGGAGACAAGGUGGAGGCCCGCACUAUCGCAAUCGGCGCCGGUGUUCCCGUUGUUCCAGGCACAGAUUCUCCUAUAACUUGUGUAACAGAAGCCAAGGAAUUCUCAAACAAACAUGGCUUCCCCAUAAUCUUCAAGGCUGCCUACGGAGGUGGUGGACGAGGCAUGAGAGUGGUGCGGAGUUAUGAGGAGUUGGAAGAGAAUUAUACCCGGGCAUAUUCCGAGGCCCUGUCUGCUUUUGGAAACGGAGCUCUGUUUGUGGAGAAGUUCAUUGAGAAGCCACGUCACAUAGAGGUCCAGAUACUUGGUGACCAACAUGGCAAUGUGAUACAUCUUUAUGAGCGAGAUUGCUCCAUCCAGAGACGUCAUCAGAAGGUGGUGGAGAUAGCACCAGCUGCUCAGCUAGACCCACAGCUACGAGACCGACUGACCCAUGAUUCUGUGAAGCUUGCAAAGCAGGUCGGCUAUGAAAAUGCAGGUACCGUCGAGUUCCUUGUGGACAAACAUGGCAAACAUUACUUCAUAGAGGUCAACUCUCGGCUGCAGGUGGAGCACACCGUGACCGAGGAGAUAACAGACGUUGACUUGGUUCAUGCUCAGAUCCACAUUGCAGAGGGGAAAAGCUUGCCUGAGCUUGGCCUGAAGCAGGAAAAUAUCCGAAUCAAUGGCUGCGCCAUACAGUGUAGAGUCACUACUGAAGAUCCUGCCCGUGGAUUCCAGCCUGACACUGGCAGAAUUGAGGUCUUCCGGAGCGGCGAGGGUAUGGGCAUCCGAUUGGACAGUGCAUCGGCCUUCCAAGGAGCUGUGAUAUCCCCGCACUAUGACUCUCUUCUUGUCAAGGUCAUUGCACACGGGAAAGAUCACCAAGUGGCAGCGACCAAAAUGAGCAGAGCACUGGCAGAGUUCCGAAUCCGUGGAGUGAAGACCAAUAUCCCUUUCUUGCAAAACGUCUUGAAUAAUCAUCAGUUUCUCCAUGGAACAGUGGACACCCAGUUUAUCGAUGAAAAUCCUGACCUCAUCAACCUACGACCGGUUCAGAACAGAGCACAGAAGCUCCUUUAUUAUCUAGGUCACGUGAUGGUGAAUGGACCAACUACACCCAUUCCGGUUAAAGCCAAGCCAUCAGCUAUUGAUCCUGUUGUACCACCUAUUUCAAUGAGUGAGCCACCUCCAGGAUUUAGAGAUGUCCUUCUUCGCGAAGGUCCAGAGGGCUUUGCAAAGGCCGUCCGCAAGCACCAAGGAAUGCUGCUUAUGGACACCACAUUUCGAGAUGCCCACCAGUCACUACUAGCUACACGUGUCCGAACUCACGACCUUAAGAAGAUCUCUCCAUUUGUCUCGCACAAUUUUAACAAUCUGUUCAGUUUGGAAAAUUGGGGAGGUGCAACUUUUGACGUUGCUAUGCGAUUCCUUUAUGAAUGCCCUUGGAGACGACUACAAGAAUUAAGGGAGCUCAUCCCUAACAUACCCUUCCAAAUGCUUCUCAGAGGUGCAAAUGCUGUGGGAUACACCAACUACCCUGAUAAUGCAGUUUUCAAGUUUUGUGAAGUGGCGAAAGAGAAUGGAAUGGAUAUCUUCAGGGUGUUUGACUCUCUGAAUUAUCUACCUAAUAUGAUUUUGGGUAUGGAAGCAGCAGGCCAAGCUGGUGGGGUCGUAGAAGCUGCCAUCUCGUAUACUGGGGAUGUGGCAGACCCUACUCGCACCAAGUACACAUUGGAUUACUACGUAAAUCUGGCUGAAGAGCUUGUCAAAGCUGGAACACACAUCUUGUGCAUAAAGGACAUGGCAGGACUGUUGAAACCCAAAUCUUCAGAUAUGCUGAUUCGAGCUCUCAGAGACAAAUUUCCCGACACCCCAAUUCAUGUGCAUACCCAUGACACAGCUGGUGCCGGGGUGGCUUCUAUGCUGGCAUGUGCACAAGCUGGAGCUGACAUUGUGGACGUAGCGGUUGACUCCAUGUCUGGGAUGACUUCUCAGCCUAGUAUGGGGGCUCUGGUGGCAUGUGCAAAGGGCACAGAACUGGACACAGGAAUCCAGCUGGAGAAGGUUUUUGACUACAGCGAGUAUUGGGAAGUAGCUAGAGGUCUCUAUGCUGCCUUUGACUGUACAGCAACCAUGAAAUCUGGAAACGCGGAUGUCUACGAGAAUGAGAUCCCUGGAGGCCAAUACACCAACCUUCAUUUCCAGGCUCACAGUAUGGGGCUGGGGAACAAGUUCAAGGAGGUGAAGAAGGCAUAUACUGAAGCCAACAAACUUCUGGGAGAUGUUAUCAAGGUAACACCUUCCUCCAAGAUUGUGGGAGACUUGGCCCAGUUUAUGGUACACAAUGGCUUGUCACGUGAAGAGGUUGAAACAAUGGCAGAUGAACUCUCCUUCCCGCUCUCGGUGGUGGAAUACCUGCAAGGUUUUGUUGGAAUUCCUUAUGGUGGUUUCCCAGAGCCAUUGCGCUCAAAGGUUUUGAAAGACCUACCACGCAUUGAAGGUAGACCUGGAGCCACAUUGCCAUCAAUGGAUUUUACAAAACUGGAAGAAGGGUUGAAGAGCAAAUAUGAUGAUAUCACUCCGGAGGAUGUUAUGUCUGCUGCUAUGUAUCCCAAAGUAUUUGAUGAGUACAAGGACUUUAGUACUCAGUUUGGUCCAGUUGAAUGUCUCAAUACUCGCCUCUUCUUGGAGGGACCUAAAAUAGCUGAGGAAUUUGAGGUGGAACUGGAAAGAGGGAAGACACUACACAUCAAAGCCCUUGCUCUAGGGGAUCUGAACAAGGCUGGUCAAAGGGAAGUCUUCUUUGAGCUCAAUGGUCAACUUCGAUCCCUCCUUGUUAAAGAUACUCAGGCCAUGAAGGAAAUGCACUUCCACCCCAAGGCCCUGAAGGACGUAAAAGGUCAGAUUGGAGCCCCCAUGCCAGGAAAAGUGAUUGACAUUAAGGUGAAAGAAGGGGAUAGAAUUGAGAAGGGACAGCCUCUCUGUGUACUGAGUGCCAUGAAGAUGGAGACCUUGGUGAAUUCUCCAGUCUCUGGAACAAUCAAGAAGAUCUACGUGAAACUCGACAUGCAUCUGGAAGGAGAAGAUCUUGUACUAGAAAUAGAAUAAAUUGAAAUUAAAAUGGAAUAGUUGUGCCGGGAAAGGGGAUUAGUGAGUUGCCUAGGUUUCUGUUCCCUCUUGUAAGAUUGAGAGGGUGCUGUAUACUCAUCUCCCCAUGCCUGCUGACAGUGUGUCUGAUCUAUGUAAAUGUAAUGCUUUACAUGCGGGUUUAGGGACCUAAAUUGAUAUCUGGAUUAUUUUCACUUUGCUGGUUGAAAAAAAAAAAUUUGCUAAAUAACACACACAAAUGCUUUUUCCUGAGCUUUCAGGCGAACAUUAGGGAAAGUGUUUGCCAAUCUGUGCUCUUGUCUAGGUGCAGAGAAAUUGCUCCGCUGGAGAUUGCUUGCCAUUUGAAAGGGAGUCAGAUGUUUCACAUAAAAUAUAAAUCUCUCCGAUUUUCUUUUUAGUGCCAAACAGCAAAUCGCUGAGCUUGCAACUACCACUUGUGCUCCAUCCAGGUCCUGAAUGAAUAGGGAUUGGAUAUGUAUGAGACUCCCUACAUGUUCGAUAUAUGCCAAUUGCAUACAGUGAUUGGCAGUGUGUAGCUGCUGAAGCUGUGACUGCAUUUAGCGAUGACGCACAUAACUCCUGAUCACUGCUUUCUUACUAACCGGUGCAUUCCUUUCCAUCAUCUCGUAGCUUUCAGCACCAUGGACAGAGCAACCGCCUGCUACUGUUCUAUUGUGCACAAAACAUUGCAUCAAAACUACUUCUCCUGUAAGGCAGAUGUGAGGUGGAGCAAACGGCAACAAGAAGUAGAAAAAUUAUGUCUCUGAGCUGAAAAGUCACUUUGUUUUACCAUUGCAUGCAAUGUCCACAGUAUGUCCAUACUCCUUCUUCCGUCUUACGAACUCCGCAAACAAAGCAUAACACCAGCAGGUUUUCUUGGCCUCUGGGCACAGAUCUUCUCAGCAUUCAGACUCCAUUAGUCACCACGCUCCAUGAAAGCCGAAACACCAGCAGAACAGGGGAGAGAAGGACAAAAAAGAUUACUCGAUAGGAUCCAUAUUACAAUAAAAUACCUUGCUGUAUUGUGUAAAACUUCCAAGAUAUCGCCUUGUUCCAUUACACAUCAGUAAAGGCACCCCGGGAGCUCAUGUACAACUAGGUUUUACCUUUUUGGCUUCAUCAGGAACUAAACUCCAAGGAAUCGGAGUGAAUAAAUUGGAGUUUGGUCCCUGAAGAAGCUCUAAAGGUGAAACCUGGUCGGACGUGGGCCCCGGGGUUGUUUUAUUGAUGUGUAAUGGAACAAGGUGAUAUCCUGUAAAGUUUACAGACUUGGAUCCCAUUCAGUAGUCCUUUUUGUCCUUCUCUCUCUUGUCCUGGCUGUCUAUCUGCUUCAAUGGGUGACUAAUGGAGCCUAAACGCUGAGAUCAUCUGUGCCCAGAGGCUGAAAAAACCUGCAGUGGAAGUUUUAUGGUAUAAGAAGUGGUUGGCCCAGCCUGUGAAGGCCCUAAAACAGGUGGAGAAGUGUGGACAUAUUGUGGACAAUCUGGAGGUACAGACGAGCUACUCUUCAGCAUCGGGACAUUGUUUUCUAUUUCUGCUACAUAUCCUCUUACUGCAAUAUACAUAUAAAAUGGGACUCUUUUCUUUAAAAUAGUAAUGUUUACUUUGUUUCCCCUGAUUUUGGUUUAGCGUUUCAUGAUACUAUGCAAUUAAUUUGGAAUAUUUUAAGCUGCAGAGUUUCUUAAGAGUGUUUUUGCCUAUGUUCUUUUGAGAGCAUUUUACAUUAUUUUGCAUUUCAUAUAUUAUGAUUUUUUUAUUACUUUGUACCUUCACAGCCACACUUAUUCUGUCUAUAGGUUGCUGAUUGUUGCCUUCCAGACCCCGGAUUAUAUUUGUAGUAAUGGUAUUUUUAUUCUAUAUGUUCAUUUUUUUUAAGACUGGUAACACUGUAAAUGAAUCAUACCCUCAUAUAGUAGGCAAAAAUGGGGCACACGGAAUGACCUGGAUUACUGUGACUUGUAACUGGGAAAAACGAAAUUCCUAAUCCUUAUACAUAUCAUCAGGAUGUGGUGUAUUCUGUUGUUGGAAUGUAAGGUUAUUUUUCCGCUGGUUCUACAUAGUAUUCUUCCGCUGUGCAUAAUCAGGACUGCAGCUCAUGCACUAGGAAGCAAAUUCCCUUUUGCUUAUACAAUUACAGUUGUCAGCAUCAAGAUGGCUGCCUUAACACUACGAAAUCUCAUCAAAGACGCCACUGAGAGCACAGCCUGUAAAGAGCAGUUUGCAAACCAUGUGGCAGGUGCUGAGGUUGUCAAGGAAUAGUAACUCGUAUGCUCGAGUAACUUUAUAGACAAAAUUUGUCUCUGGAGGAUAUAUGAAGAGUUUAGGCAACGACAUACGUUUGCUGUAUUCUCUGCUUUCAGUCUAUAAAAGACAUCAAAAUGAAAUAGAGGAAAUAAAAUGUUUGCAUAACCAACACUGCUAUAUAGUGCACAUACCCGACGGCUGAGAUUGUACGUCCCUAUUUUCUGUGGUCGUUAGAGAGGGAAUGGCAGAGGUGGAUCACUUCCAGUAUUGUUACAUGGAGGAUUGCAGCUACACACAGUUAUAACUAUAACCAUGAGAGUACAUAACGGUGCACAUAGAAGGCUGGGAUAUUCAUUUCGGUAGGGGGGAGCUAUGUAUUUAAAGGCACGUGUGAAAACCCGAGCACUUUUAUUGACACUGUAUUAGCACAGCUUAAAGGGGUUAUCCAGCAAUUUGAUAUUGAUAACCAGGAUAGGUCACCAAUAUCAGAUCAGCUGAGGUCUGAAUCCCGGAACUUCUCAUAGGCCAGUGACAUCUCUGUACAUCAAUCAAGUGAAUGGAUCCGAGCUGCAAUACCAAGUACAGCCACUAUAAUAUGUAUGGCACUGUGCUCCAACUCAAACCAUUUCAGACAGCUGAUUGGCAGGGGUUUCGGGGAUCAGACUGCCACCAAUCUGAUAUUGAUGGCCUAUCCCGAGGUCAUAAAUAUUAAUGGUGGACAUUAUAAGCCAUACUAGUUUAGAUGUGAAUCCAGCUGUGAAAUGAGCUAGUAAAUCACCAUCUAGCCAGCAGCACCAUCUCUGUCUGUGUGUCUGCCUCUCAGCAGCAGACCUUGCCUCCUUCUCCAGAGACAUCUGGGUUGUAAUCUGAUUUUUCUGAACCUCUUCAUUGAAGACAGAUUCGAGCAAUUGAGAGUGAGGCGUGGGGGAUGCAUUUUUCUGUGAUAAGAUACAUUACAAAGUUUCUUCGAUUUUCCUGUACUAUUCAAUCAUGUGAUCCAAACAUAUAGUAGAUGAAAACAAAUAGCAUCAAGAACCAGAAUUACUGUAGCCUAACUUCCCUGCCCUUCAGCAGUAUAAAUACUACAUUUUAAUUUAGGACAGCAGCUGUGCAUUGUGGGGAAAUCAUAGGCAUUUAGGGAUUGCCAGCUGCUUGUUUGGACUACCCCUGGUCUUGAGUGCCCUUGGGCUCUGCCUAUUUUAAGAUUUUUACCAUCUAACCUCCCUUGCCUAGUUAAGAAUUUAUAAAGACUGAGCUGUAAGAUGCUAUGUGAUGUGUUCUACAUUAAGAUUCUCAGUCCUGUACCCUCUUUUCACCUUCACUUUUUUUUCUCAUGUAGCAACAUUUUCUGAUACGUAGAGCACUCAUCGCCAACACCUCUUUCACCACAUUAACUCUUCCCUAGCAUGAGCGUGUGCAGUAGAAGUUGACGUACAUACAUGUGCUCAGCGGUUGUCCUUUAUUCGCAUGAAUCUCUGAUAUCUGAGCUCUGCUCAUACAGAGGGAGCACUUUGUUACUCAUCUCUGCUGCAUCUUUAGAUUGGAAAAGUCUAUCCAGUUGCUUUGUUAAAAAUGCGUUUGCCGAGGACGUUGCUAAAUGUUCAGCAUUGUAAUCGUUUCCCCUCCAAUAAUGCAGUGGACUCGGCGCCUUGUUUUACCUUACGUAACUGUCAGACUGGAUGAUCUCUUGGUAUGAUUCUUAUAGGUCUGGAUAAGUGAAUAGGUAAAGGUUUCCGAAGGGCUGUUUGCAUUUCCAUUUACUGUGCCAUGAUGAUCCGUUUACAGAUACUCUGUGCAAAGAGCCUGUGGGCAAUACAUAGCACAUUGUGAGCGCUCUGACCUUUUAAUGUCUAGAAUACAAUGAACUAUGUGUGAACCCAGUCGGGCCAUAUAGUGAUAAAUGAGAGCUGAUGUGCGGCUGGUAUCAUGGAUGGCUACUAUGGAGUCCAUGGAAUGUGGUGGAUCACAUCUAUCCAAAAUUGUAAUGUUGCAGAUCUAUUCUAGCUCUCCUCACGUCAUAUCUAGUAUAUUAAGUCCAGUGUUAGGCCUACACGUAACGCACACUUUCCAUAUCACUCACCUCCAGGUGCAUUUUUUAUGCUGGGGAUCUUUUAGUUCUAACAUUUUCUUGAGCACAAAAUGUUUUUACCUUUUAAUAAAUGAGCAGCUUCUUAUCUGCUUAGUCUAUGCAGAAAGGUACUCCGCACUUGCACAGUGAAUCCGUAUCGAAUACAAGCACCCAAGCUGUCGUACAGAAGAGCUUCUCGGGGUAGCAAUACAGAUGGGGUUUUUUGUGCAUUUAUACAAUAUGUGCUUGCUUUUUUACAUGUAUUCAUUUAAAGUCACAGCAGCAAAUGUUUUAAUAUAUUGUACGUGUGCCUAUCAGGCACCUUUUAACCACUGUCCACAAAGGUUUAAUAGGACUAGGGGGGAGAUUAAUGACAGACCGGUGUUUUACACCGGCCUAUGAUAUCUCCUGCACUGCCAGAAGAUGCGACUAAUAUAUGACGAGGCACAGCCUCUUCAACAGUUAUUGGGCACCUCCAGCCGUCCGUGCACCAGACUGAAGCUAAGAGCUGCCGUACAUUUCUGUCUUCAUUUGCGCCUGAAAACAGGCACAAAUAAAGAUAAAUGGGGUGGACCUGCUGGCCCACGCCAUGGCCCGUUUUCAGAAAGAGGCAAAGACGGUGUAGAAACACCACUUGCAACAAAAUUUGAGGAACAUGGUUUACAACUUUUUCUGGCGCAGAGAGAUGAAAAAUCUCCCCCUUGGUGUUUACCCUGGCUAUGUUUUCAGGCUCAUCCAUAAGCUGGGUGCACAAUACCUUUUAGUCACGCUCGUCCCACUUUAUGUAUCCCAGUAUUUUAUGUUGUACAGUCAUAUUGGGUGCCCUAAUUACAAUACGUGUUGACUGUUCUGUCCAAUAGUGUUACAUGCUUCAAGCCAACACGUAAGCCACGUUAUUAUUAUUCAUUGCUGGGCACCUAGAUCACAUAUCUUACCAAUUUAUAAUGGACUCUGGCAACAGAGUGGGUGAUCACAUUGGGUGGGAUUCUCUCCGUAGAGGCUGGGUUCUUAUUGAGCUUUUAGUCAAUGUAAUAGAACAGUAAUGGAGACUUCGUCCCCUUCUCUCCACUCCAUAUCUUAGGUUAUAAAGGCUGCUUUGUGAGUCUAGUAACAAUUGAAAAUAAGUAGCAAUUAUGGUGAAAAUUGUAACCCCCAAAUCAUUAACUGUGGACCAUUAACUUUUGUUAAACCAGUGUUUACUAUUAAAUUGUUUACAUUGUGAACUAACUGGAUAAUUUCCUUGAUUGUCUAAUGCCAGGGAAGUAACAAAGAGAAUUAAUUUGUGAAAUGUCUUAAAUGUACAGGUUGAAUUUUGCCUUUGGACACCUUGUUGUGUGUGUGACUUACCCUCAUGUUUAUCCAUUGGAAAUAAAGCUGAAAUUAUUCUAUUAUAU